CACAAGCCCCAAAUCUCCCCACCGCCUUACUCGGAAUCAAAGUCCAGAAUCAUUCUCCGAAGGCAUCAAAUUUCAAAGCUGUCGCCAACAAUUUCGUUUCUCUCCAAAUUCCACAACCUCUCUGUGACUGCGAAACCCUAGAUUUCCAAUCCUCGCUUCAAUGGCGAGCCAGUCUUCGUCGGCCGCUCUCUCCUUCUCCUCCGCCGCCGCUGCAUCGUCUUCCCAGUACACCUACGCCAAUGGCUCCUCCUACUUUCCCAUGCCCUUUCACCUUCAGCAACCGUCCGCCGUCUCUCAAUAUCCUACCGCUUACGCCGUUGGCUCGUCGAUUCCAAUUCCGCCGCCGCCGGUCGCCGCUCCGGUAUAUCCUGCUCCGGCUCCCGUCGCCGGUGUCUACUCUCUACCUCAGUACCAGCAAGCGCAACAACUAUUUCAAAGGGAUGCACAGACGAUUACGCCCGAAGCUCUUGAGAGCGUGAAAGCUGCGCUUGCAAACAGUGAAAUCGAGCACAAAGCAGAAGCUAAAAAGAAAGCUAUUCCCCGUAAAGCUGCGGGGCUGUCUUGGGAGGACCCAACGCUUGCUGAAUGGCCCGAAAAUGAUUAUCGCAUAUUUUGUGGCGAUCUUGGUAAUGAGGUGAACGAUGAUGUGCUUUCUAAAGCAUUUUCUCGUUUUCCUUCCUUUAACAUGGCUAGAGUGGUUAGAGAUAAGAGGACUGGCAAAACCAAGGGCUAUGGAUUUGUUAGCUUUGCCAACCCUUCCGAUCUUGCUGCUGCGCUUAAAGAAAUGAACAGUAAGUAUGUGGGUAAUAGACCAAUCAAACUCCGCAAGAGCAACUGGAAGGAGAGAACAGAUUUUGAGGCUCUAGAAAGACAUAAGAACCAAUCACAAAAACGGCCGAAGCUUUUUAAGAAGAGUGUAUUACACAAGUAAAUUUGCCAAUUUACCCGAGUCGUAAACUCAAUCGUGCUGGAAUUGGAUUUGGGAACAAAAUGCCCAUUUUAUAUUUUUAUUUCAUUUUUCAUUAUAUGGAUGAACUGGAUGUAGGAAAGUAUUGUGGAGCUGAUGAUUUUAACAAUUUUUCAAUGAAUGAAAAGGAUGUU